UCUUCGAGAGACCACGCGCUGCUGCUGUUGCUGGAGCUCGUGCGGAGUGCGGAGGCGUGCGGCGCGAGGACGGUGCGGCGCGUUUGUUUGUUUAUUUAUUUAUUUGUUUGUUUCUCGGUUCGGUUCGGUUCUGAGGGUUCGGCGAGGCGUCAUGCCGACAGUGAGAAUGCUCUGUUUGGAAUGGGGAAUCCCUUGUUGGAUAUCUCUGCUGUUGUGGACAAAGAUUUUCUGGACAAGUACGGCCUGAAGCCCAACGAUCAGAUCCUCGCUGAGGAAAAGCACAAAGCUCUGUUUGAGGAGAUUGUGAAGAAGAGUAAAGUUGAGUAUCAUGCAGGCGGCUCCACUCAGAACUCGGUCAAAAUCGCACAGUGGAUGAUCCAGGAGCCCCAUAAGGUGGCCACGUUUUUCGGCUGUAUAGGGAAGGACCACUUUGGUGAGAUUUUGAAGCAGAAGGCUGCGGAGGCUCAUGUGGAUGCACAUUAUUACGAACAGACUGAGGAGCCCACAGGAACCUGUGCUGCCUGCAUUACUGGAGACAACAGGUCUUUAAUUGCAAACCUCGCAGCUGCAAAUUGCUACAAAAAGGAGAAGCACCUGGACCUGGACAAGAACUGGAGCUUGGUGGAGAAAGCUCAGGUUUACUACAUCGCUGGUUUCUUCCUGACCGUAUCUCCAGACUCCAUCCUGAAAGUGGCCAAACACGCAUGUGAACACAACAAGAUCUUCGGCCUGAACCUCUCCGCCCCCUUCAUCAGCCAGUUCUUCAAGGAGCCGCUCAUGAAGGUCAUGCCCUACGUCGAUAUCCUGUUCGGCAACGAGACGGAGGCGGCUAUGUUUGGGAAAGAGCAGGGUUUUGAGACAGACGACAUAGAGGAGAUUGCGCGGAAGGUCCAGCUCCUCCCCAAAGUGAAUAAGAACAGAAAGAGGAUCGUGGUGUUCACUCAGGGCAAAGAGGACACGGUAGCGACUGUAGGUGAUAAGGUGACGAGGUUUCCUGUGAUUGAUAUUGAUCAGAAUGACAUCGUGGACACUAACGGAGCAGGAGACGCGUUUGUAGGAGGGUUCCUGUCAGAGCUGGUUCAGGAGGAAUCUUUGGAACAGUGCAUUCGUGCGGGUCACUAUGCGGCCAACAUCAUCAUCCAGCGCUCCGGAUGCACCUUCCCCGAAAAACCGGACUUUAAUUAACACUCGUCUUCUCUCCAACUCGGUGUCCUUCCAUCUCCCUUGUUCUCUCUCUUAAAUUCCCUGACCAGAUGCCUGCGCGCGACUCGUGUGCCUCUGUGUUUGUUUACAGUUCCUUUGAGGGCAUUUCUUAAAUACAGUCACUUGAACUCGUU